UUUACUCCUCCAUCCUAAAUGUAAACUCUGUGCCACGAGUUCAGGACACUAUCCAGGAACAGACGAUUUGCCCCACAUUUUCCCCACAAGAUUUUACUCGGGUCGUGUCUCUAACUUUAUGCCUAUUGUCUAAAGUUACUUAUUCUGGAGAUCUUUUCUUAGUGCACGUAGUUUGCUCUUUCUGUGUCACAAGGUACUUUUCAAGCAACAUGGCCAUGGAUCAGAAAUCGAAGAAUAUUGACUGCUAUUUUUAUUUCUAUUCUGAAUGUGUUAGGGGAAAUUUCUGCAAAUUUCGACAUGAACCGGCUGCUCUUGGCUGUGAAGAUGUGUGCAUGAAAUGGAAGGACGGCAAUUGUACAGAGGCACAUUGCAGUCUACGUCACAUGGAACUCAAAAAAAAGAGGAAAGAAAUCCCAUGCUAUUGGGAAAAGCAGCCAGGAGGCUGUCGUAAAGCUCAUUGCGCAUUCAAACACCAAUCUAAAUCAACACAAGGUGAACUUCCCAACUCUCCAGAAGGCUCCAACAAAGAACCAGAAACAUCAGUGCCAGACUGGCGGAAUGCUAAAUUGGAAGGUGCUGCAAGUAUGGAGUCCACAUCCACACCUGAGGCACCUAUUGCUGAAACAUCACGGCGUGUGAGCCAAGGUGCAGCUGAAAGCUACAACUCAUCUCCAGCUGCCGUUGAACCAAUUGUAGUCAACUUUGAAGAAGAAUCAGAUUCAGAAAGUGCCCCAUCCUGGACACCAACUAAGAUGCCGAAGGAGAAGGAGACAUUACAUGUAAAGACGCUGGAGGAGAUUCGUCUUGAAAAGGUCCAGGCGGAAUCAGCUGCAUACUGGGAAGGGAUAGCUGGGGGACCAAUGGCAUGGGAGGCAGCCAAUCCAGCUGCAAACCCAUCAGGCAGUCCUUGCAGCAUUAUUUCGGGUGUGCGGAAACCCAGUAACUCAUCUACAAAUGCAUCUAGUUUUAAGAAAUCAAACAUUAACACCAAAAAUGUGACUAAAGAAUUGGACUUUCAAGUUCUCACCCUAGAUGAAAUAAGAAAAAAUCGAGCAAGAAGAACAGAUUUCAGAAAUGGAAUGGACAAUAGGAGAUGUAACAUUAGUUCCCAAGCAAAACCAUUGAUAAAUGGUCAUUCCAACCAACAAUCAGAGGAUUGUAAAUCCCAUUCAGAUAUGAAUGACCUGAGAUCAAAACUCUCUAGCGCUAAGCCUUUUGAUAGAUCAGACAAUUCAAAUGUAAGUGACACUUUAAGUUCUAAACGCCAACGUCAAAUAUCUCCUCCAAGUGGGCCUAACAAGAAACAAAGAAUUAGGCUUAGGAGACUAAGUGAGAUGAUAGGUGACAAGGAGACAGGAGACAAGUUAAUGAGAAGCAUGAAAAGCGAUGGAGUAUAUGAAGAAUUGGACAGUGAUAACAAUUUUCUUAGUGACAUUGAUAAACUUUUGAUGGAGUUGGAAUGAGUUUAUUUUAUUCCAUUCAAAGGUACUGGUUGCACUUAGUAGGCCUAGUGAACCGGAAUACUAAAAUUGACUCAUCUGUUUUGUUAUCACAAACUCUCUUGUAUGUCAUGUAUAAGAUAUAUAUAUAUUCCACUUGCUGGCAGAAAUUGUUGAAAGUUCUAAAAUGAAACUCCUAUUUUUAUUUUUGGUGAAGGACUUUCCACAACGGUCUCUUGAUUUCUUCUGUGAUUUUACUGACUCCCCUGUCUAGCGUGUAAAGGACUUACUUUUCUCUUUUGAAGUUGUGGCCAAAUUUUGUUGAGUUAUAAAUAUUUAGCUUUUCUAAGUUAUGUAUGUGUUUGACAUUAAUUUACAGGCGUGCUAGUAGCCUUUUUUCUUGUUUUUCAUUUCUUUCAGGUAUAACAGUACCUGUUUGCAUAGCUUUCUUUAAAUUUUUCUUCCCUUUGCUUUAAAAAUUUGCAGUUUUGGUUCAACUUUUAUCGUUCACCUGCAUUGCAGUGAUCAUAUUUGUGAGAAACUGAUAAAGCCAUGUAUUUAUCAGGGACUUUUUUUUUUCACAUCAUGUUAGUAAAGAAGAUUAGCAGAGAUAAUUUUUCCCCUGAAAGCUAUUGUUGACUUGGUUGCAUUUUUUUUAUUGUGCCCAAUCCUGCUGUGAUAUGUUAGCACAUAAGUUUUUGAAAAUAGAGAUUUUGCAAGUCCCAUAACAUCUUCCAUGGAUUAAGAUGGGACCAUUUUUUCUUAUUUGCAAAUUGUUGCCGCCCUCAUUAUGGUUCCUGAAUUGUCACAUUCAUAUAUUAAACCAUACAAGGUGUGAAUGUCCACUUACAUCAAAUGGAAACUCAUUGAUAUUUACAUUCUUUUGUGUGUUUGUGAAGGAAAAAGCACUUUUAAAAAUGUUUGUGUGUUUCUUGGUAAAUUUGUUAGCAAUUUGUUUCUUAAUAAACUCCCCCUUUUUUUUUAAA